AUGCUAAGGCCGGAGAACUACGUCCGGGGUGGGGCCGGGGCUCAGAGCUCCAGAGGCUCGGCUGAGAAAGCCGGGUCGCAGCAGUACCGCUUCUCUGGAGCCGGCAAGCUGGAGCUCUACGGAGCUGAGGCCCCGGCUAACGGGCAGCGGCUCCUACAGGCCGAGGCCCCAGCGGAGAAGGUGGCGGAGGCGGUCUCCCUGCGGAGCGGCCGGACGGGGAACAUUCAGCGCUGGUUCACCACCGUGGUCCUGUGUGCCACCUUCCUGGGGCUGGGAAUGAGUGUCAGCAUUCUCGGACCCACAUUUCAAGAUUUGGCAACAAAUGUAAACAGCGAUAUCGGUGGUCUUUCUCUGAUUUUUGUGGGCCGUGCCUCUGGAUAUUUGGCUGGUUCUGUGAUUGGCGGAUUUCUUUUUGACUUGAUGAAUAAGUUUUUACUUUUGGGGUUGUCGAUGUUGGCUACCACAGUUGGUCUUUAUCUUGUUCCUUUUUGCAAGAGAACAAUACUACUGAUUGUCAUGAUGUCCGUCUUUGGUGCUUCGAUUGGCGUUGUGGAUAUAGGUGGUAACGUCCUUAUGUUGGCUAUUUGGGGGGACAAAGGAGCCCCACAUAUGCAGGCCUUACACUUCAGCUUUGCCUUGGGUGCCUUUUUGGCUCCACUGCUGGCCAAAGUGGCAUUAAGUACGACCGUGUCUGCUGAAAACCACACAGAGACUGACUUUAAUAACCACUCAGCCCUCAACCAAUCAUCUGAAGCAGACUCAGAAUCUAUAUUUGGAGUACCGGACAAUAAGAAUUUACUGUGGGCUUAUAUUGUUACUGGUACUUAUAUUUUUGUAGUUUCUAUAUUUCUUUUUGCUCUGUUUUUAAAGAAAAGUUCAAGACGUGAAAAAGAAAAAGAAUUCGCUCAGACAUCUCGGAGAGCGAAAUACCACAAAAUCCUUCUUUGUCUCCUUUUUAUGUUCUUCUUUUUUUAUGUCGGAGCCGAGGUAACAUAUGGCUCUUACGUUUUCUCGUUUGCAACCACCCAUGUUGGCAUGAAAGAAAGUGAAGCGGCUGGGUUGAACUCCAUCUUCUGGGGGACUUUUGCAGCCUGCAGGGGCCUGGCGAUCUUUUUUGCGACAUGCUUGCAACCUGGAACCAUGAUUGUGUUGGGCAACAUCGGCAGCCUGGCUUCAUCGUUAUUGCUGGUAAUUUUUCACAAAAACCCAGUUUGUCUCUGGAUAGCAACUUCAGUGUAUGGGGCCUCCAUGGCUACCACAUUUCCCAGUGGUGUUUCUUGGAUUGAACAGUACACAACCAUCCGUGGCAAAGCUGCAGCAUUGUUUGUGACCGGUGCUGCCCUGGGAGAAAUGGCUAUUCCUGCAGUAAUUGGUAUUAUUCAAGGAAAAUACCCUGAUUUACCUGUAGUUCUGUAUGUCUCUUUGGGGUCAGCAGUAGCCACUGCUAUUUUGUUCCCUGUGCUGUAUAAAUUAGCCACCUCACCUCUUAAACGUCAGCAAAAAGAAAGCAGAAAGAGUGAGGACCAGAAAGCUUUGCUCUCUAGCUCUGGGCUGAAUGACUGUGAGGAAGAGAAUGACGAGGACGAUGCCGAAAAAUGGAAUGAAAUGGACUUCAAAGUGAUUGAAAUGAAUGACACAAUGAGAAAUUCUGUAAUAGAGACCUCUAGAAAUAUUCUGAUGGAGCCCACCUCUGAAGUCUCUAACCAGUCACUCUCAGAUGCAUUCCUGUUUGCGUCCUCUCCAGUUAGUAGUGGCAACUACCCUGUGAAGCAUUUGACAGAAACCAGGAGAAAACAGACUAAUACGGAGGGAAGAAGAGGGAUUACUUACUGACUUCCUUGAAUAUUGCCAGUUCUAAAGAGGCCAGUCAGAGGAGAGCAUUAGCAGAUUUUCUACAUGCUUUGGGGAUUAAAAUUUCUAGGUCAGAUUAUAGCUAAAAAGUUUUGAAAUGUUCUGUAAUCUCCAGAAUCUUUUAAAGACUCAGAUGGUCUCAGAUAGUAAGAUCUUGUUUUGAGACUAAUGUUUGGCAUGUGGCUGAUGAGGCAACAUUUUAUGGGCUUCACCCCUCAGAGCAUGCAAAGAAGGCAUUUGUUUUUGAGAAAUUGGGUACUUUUCUAAUAGAAUGGAAUAAUCUAGGAGUUGCAUUGAUUAGCUGAACAGAUUAUCAGGCAUCAGUAUUUUUCCAGGGAAGUUGAGGGCAGUAAUUUAAAAAAAAAGCAAUUUGGAAGUGCACAGAGGUUUUUGUUAAUUGCUUUACCCAAUUUGUGGGGUUGGACAAAACUAUGGUAACUACUCAUUUGAUUCUGAUUUCUGAAUACAGAACAGGGCCCAAGAGACCUGGCUUCAAGCUUUCUGACUCUGCGUGAGGUCACUUAACUUACUUAGGCUUUGUUUAUCUCAUCCCAUCUAAAACUCUGUGAUCCUAAAAAUGAAAAUGAAAUGAUUUCCAAAGUGAGCAGCCAAAGUUUUAAAGUUUGUGCAAGAUAUCUGCUAGAAAUUAACGUAAGUGCUCCCCGGUUCUUCAUUUCAAAUGAGAAGUGAAACAGAAAUGAUAAACAGCUUUAAGAGUGUGCUACUGAUUAUGAAUACAUGUCAGUUUAAUAGACUUAAUGUUCAAUACUUUAUUUGAGUAAUUAUCUGAAGAAUACUUUUUUUAGUACUUUAUUCCAUCGAUUCUAAGAUGUACCGUUUUUCACAUUUUUAAUCUCUCUGAAAUCAGGAUCUUACAAUCAAUGGUCGUGUAACUUUGUGACAAAGUUUAAUUGACAGUUUUUUUUCCCCAUAGAAGUACAUAAAAUAAUGGAGUGUUUUUUAAUUGUGUCUUAGAGUCAGUGAAAUAACAGUAACUUGUUCAGUUACUGAGCUAAUACUAUUUUUACAGAUACUUUUAUUUAAAAGAAAAGUUAUUUUUAUAUGCAAUUUUUUUUUCUCAAAUUAUGUUCAAGUGGGAUCUGGAGAUGCUGAUUUCACAAACUAUUUCAGAGUUACUGCAUUAGUAGUAGAGCUGUAAAGGGGCCUCUCGAGGUCCUUUGCCUACCUCGGGAUCAGAGUCUGUGAACAGCCUUGCAGUUCAGGACUGGAUCCUCAUAGCACUGUAAACCAGGCUGCUAGUUUAAUUUCCAGUGAGGCACAGGCUAUUCCAAUGAUUGCAAUACCUGUGUCACCUAUCCAGGUCUCCUCCUUUCUAAGUUUGAAGUACUUGGGAAACCUAAGUAAAGACUAGAAGGUGGCUUGUUGGGCUAGGAAUCAGGGCUUAGAAAAGGUAUUUCAUAUGAGGGAUGGUAGACUAGUAUGAGAUAUCUUUUGAUACAUGACUGGAAUUGAUGACAGUUAUUGUUUACCUCUCCCAAGUUUUAUGCUGGGUAACAUCUAAUUUCUGCUUGGUAUCAGUAUAUUUGCUUUUUCUUUCUAAUUCCUAUAAAUUUGCAUUUGUUUUGUCUUAAGUGAAAAUACAACACCUUCUUUGACUACUACCCAUUCGUAUCUACCACAAUAUUGGUUCUUAUUAAUAAUAACUUGGGAGAAGGAUGGUAGAGAAAUUAACAGUAAAAAGCCUAUUUCCCCUUAAUUUUUUUUUUUUAAAUUCUGUACCCUUAGGUAGAACCAGGGCUUUGAACCAGUUCAUUCCUAAUUCUCAGGAGGGGAUCGAACCGGAAUGAACCAGUUCGAAGCCCAGAGUAGAAUUGAACAUCUCAGGUUGUUGGCAUUUAGGCAGCAUCAGCUAUUUGGCAGCUGGGAGGCUUGCUAGAACAGGGAUCCUUCCUGCAGUAUCUCCUUUUAGAGGGUGGAGGAUGCAGCUCAGGGAGAGAAGAAUGGUAAUAACAUGGUAGAAGAUUUGGUAAUCCACAUCGGAAAAUCCAUUAGGGUUCCACAAACCAAAGUGUGAAUGGCUGUAUGAGAUUAUAGGCUUUGUUAAAGUUUGAUAAUGUAUUUCCAUAUUGGAAGGAAAAGACUUAGUACAACCAAUUCUAAGAUUUAGUUGAUCAUUAGAAUUGUUGAUUAUUCAUCCUAAUGGUCAAAUCUUAAGUAAAUGUCUGCUGAUACCCAAGUAACCACUACCCAAGUUUUCUAUUGCUAUGAGACAUUACCAAAAACUUAGUGAUUUAAAACCACGCACAUUUAUUAUCUCAGUUCUGUGCGUCAGGAUUCUAGGCAUGGCUUAGCUGGUCCUAUGCCAAGGGCAUCAUAAGGCAACAUUCAAGGUGUCAGAUGGGCUUUGUUCUUUCUUGAGCUUGGAGUCUUCUUCCGAGCUCACGUGUUGUUGGCAGUCUUCAGCUUCUUGUGUUUGGGCUGAAGUCUCGUUUUUUGCUAGCUGUCAGCCAGAUGACCCUGUCAGUUCCUAGUGGCCUCCCACAGUUCCUUGCUGUGUUACCCUCUCAUGGAUCCUCUUAACAACGUGACUGCUUACUUCCUCAAAGCUGGUAGAAGAAUCUCUUGCUCUAGUCUGAUUAGCUGGAGUCUUAAAUAAUGUAAGAUAAUAACAGGAAUGACAUUCCAUCACCUUUGCCAUAUUCUGCUGACUAGAAGCAAGUCACAGGGUCCCCCCCAAACUGAAGGGGAGAGGAUAGGACAGGGAUGUGACUCAUUGAGGGUCAUGUUAAGAUGUGUCUGCCACAGUCAGGUACCUGAAAAUCUGGGUUCUCGAAAGGACUAAAAGCUUCAAGCCAGGAAAAAGAUUGCUUCAGCAAUCACUAAAGGUUGAUUAUAGGGACAGCCCAUUGAGUGUACUAGGGUGCAGAUGGAAGACUCCCCAUAGGCCAGGCCAACCAAAGCCAAUAUAGGGGAAUAUUUGUGGGGUACUGGAUUAACUCAGUUAUGCCUUUUUUUCCUUGACAUUUUAUGCCCUUUACCGUUCUACUUUUAACCUGUUCAAAUGCAGCUUAAUAUGAGAGAAAUAGAGAAAUUUCAUUUUAUUCUGAAGUUCAAAGACACUUUGAGAGCAGUUUUCAAUUCAUUGUUUAAAGAAUUAUCUCUAGCCACUUGAAAAUCUUUUUUAAAAAUCAAUUUUUAUUGUAUAAGUAAUAAAGGUAUUAAGGUCAUGAUAGAAAAUUAGGGAAAUACAUGAAAAUAUAAGGAACAAGUAAAAAUAAUCCAUAAUCCCAAAUACCUAGUAAAGUUCUUAAAUUUCUUAUCAACUUAAUUCCUAAGUAAAGGGUCAAGGGGUGAAAAAAAAUUUCUCUCUUCCAGAUAAAGUGUCAGAAACAACAUGAAUUUUGUGUCCAGAACAUAUUGACACUACAGUUGGUAGACUGGUUCUUAGUUCAAAGGAUUGCAGUUUAUUUAAAAAAAAAAAAUUAUUGGUAGAUGACCAGUGCAGAGACACACUCCUGAACAGUGUGUGCAGCCUAGAUCACAUGUAGAUUGCUUUUGGUUAGAUCGAUUCAUUGAAUAAUCGGGAUAGUUUCUCACAGCCAGAACUUUUGGUUUACCAUAGCAAUGUAUCACUCAACUCUGCCACGUAAAAGUUAUUACUGAAAUCGGGCUUAACAUUCUUAAUGGAAGUAGAUUUAUUCUUCUGGGUAACCCCGUAUCUGCAUUUGUUAAGGGCACUUGUUUUGCUCAUGGCGCCUAUGUUGUGCGCACGUGUGUGUUUUGUGUAUAUGAACCCACAGGUAUUUAUGAAUCAGAAUCGACUUGACAGCAACAGGUUUUUUAUGUGUUGGACAUUUUUCUACACUGUUCUGGUGGAGAUAGGGAAAGGAUACAAAAGAGAUGAAGAUACAGUUAAUUGUUUAAAAUGCCUAUUUUUAAACUGAAAUUUUUAUUGAGUAUACUGUAGACUCACGUGCAGUUGUACAUACUGUUUUUAAAUCCACUGAGCUGAGCUUGCAUGGCCUGGAAGGGCAGAGACCUAGACCAGUGCUUGUCAAACAUUAAUGUGCAGAAGAAUUGCCUGUGAAAAUGAAGAUUGUGAUUCAGUAGGACUAGGGUGGGGACUGAGAUUUUACAUUUCUAACAAGCUUCUGAGGGAUCCCCAGCCACUCUGUGGGAGGAAGAUGUGGCAGUCUGCUCCUAUAAAGAUUAUAGCCUUGGAAACCCUAUGGGGCAGUUCUACUCUGUCCUGUAUGGUCGCUAUGAGUUGGCAUCGACGGUAAACAGCAAGCUUCUAGGUGAUGGGAUGCUGCUGGCUCAUGGCCCACACUUUGAAUAGUAAGGUCCACUUCUAGGGAGUGUAGAAUACUUCACUACUUUAGGGAGUUUUUUUGUUUUGUUUCAGCUCUUCUAAUUUUGAGCCUUAAUCUUUGAGAGUCU